GGAGAUCAAAUUUUUAGCUGUCCAAUAUUCAAUUUUCCUCAUUUAAUUUAUACUAUAUGAUAUCUGAUAUUUUUAGAUAGAGAAUUUAACAAAAGUUCUCUUCUUCUCUCUUCCUGAAUCCUGAAACUGGGGAGAUUAACAGUUCUUAGUGAAUCUAGGAACUAAAACUACAAAAACCUAAGACAGAUUUGUUCUUUUGUGGAUUGCGUGAAUCAUUCCUUAUCAUCAUCUUCGAAAGAGAAAGUAUCCACUUGCCAUCAUUGAAGCAUUUAGAAUGCCGGAGAAAGGAACGACUCUAUCUCCAGUUCAAAGCCAGUUACUGAUUCUACGACCAAGUCCUCUUCUCCGAUGGCGUCUCGGUGCUCUCACAACACUCGUCUUCUUCCUCAUGUUAGUCGUCUGGAGCAUCGACGGUUGCUCGAUCCAAACCUUCGUGCAGCCAUGGAGACUCAAUGCAUACUCCCUUAGACUCACUCCUUCUCCCUCUCCUUCUCCUUCUCCGUCACUAAAACCACAUCCUCUAGCUUCCGACAAACCCCACCGACAGAACCUCACGGUUCCAAACGUGAAGAAGACGAAUCUCAUUACAAACACGACACGUGUCCAACUCCCUUGGAUAACCGCUCACUCGGAGAAGAAUUUCACGGCGAAUCUAAUGAGAAACUGGUUAGCUCCGGGAGGAUCACCGUGCCGGGAGGCGAAAACCGUCGAGAUCUCUCUCCCCGGCGUCGACGGGGUUGAUGAUUCGUUAACUCUAACCGCCGGAGAGAUCCACGUGUUCACAUUCCAAGCACUAGACGAAUCCAAAACACCAGUCUGCAUCGGUGGAGACUACUUCGAGACAGACUUAUCCGGGGAGAAUUGGAAAUCAAGACCGCCGGUGAAAGACUUCGGCAACGGAACCUACUCAAUGACCUUACAGGUACAUCCCGAGUUCGCCGGAGAGUUCAACCUCACGGUGAUCUUACUCUUCCGUCAUUACCAAGGACUUAAGUUCAGCACGGCGCGUCUAGGCUUCGACAAGAAGCUUCGCAACAUCCGGUUAAACUUCAUCAAGAAGAGUGACGUUUCUCUCCCGGAGCUACGGUCAUGUAAGAGAUCGGAUUUUGAUCGGGAUGCAUGGUCAGGUAGAUGGAUAAGGCUAGGGAAGAACGAUGAUUGUGAGAUUAGUAACGAUGGGCGUUACCGUUGUCUCCCUGCGGAUUUCCCUUGUCGGAAACCGUGGUGUGAUGGAGCGGUUGGAGGUAUAGAGAGCAAUGGGUGGGUUUACUCCACCCAUUGCUCUUUCAAGCUGUUCUCUGGCGAGGCGGCUUGGGGUUGUUUGAAGAAUAAGUGGCUUUUCUUCUGGGGUGAUUCGAAUCAUGUCGAUUCGAUUAGGAACAUGUUGAACUUUGUUUUGGGUCAUCCGGAGAUCCCCGCUGUACCGAGGAGGUUUGAUAUGAGGUUCUCUAAUCCGAAGAAUGAAUCGGAGACGGUGAGGAUCACGAGUAUCUUCAACGGUCAUUGGAACGAGACGCAGAACUAUCAAGGCCUUGACUCGCUUCAGGACCGAGACUUUAGAGAGUUGCUUAAAAAGUACUUCACUGAAGACAAGGUUCCGGAUGUUAUGUUCGUGAACUCUGGUCUACACGAUGGGAUUCACUGGCAUAGUCUUAGAGCGUUUGAGAAAGGAGCUGAGACAGCAGCUGCGUUUUGGAGGGAAGUGUUCGACGGGGUUAGAAGCAGGGGGUUGAAGCCGCCUGAAGUGAUUUUCAGGAAUACGAUCGCGACAGGUGGUUACGCUAGAGUGUUAGCGUUUAAUCCGAGCAAAAUGGAGGCGUUUAACGGUGUGUUUCUUGAGAAGAUGAGGGAUGCAGGGUUGGUUACAAGCGUGGUGGAUAACUUUGAUAUGACGUAUCCGUGGCAUUAUGAUAAUAGGUGUAACGAUGGAGUUCAUUACGGGAGAACUCCGGCGAAAAUGCGGUGGAGAGAUGGUGAGAUUGGUCAUCAGUACUUUGUGGAUUUGAUGCUUGUUCACGUGUUGCUGAAUGCAUUGUGUGUGAGAUAGUAGUGAUGUUAGGAGUCACGGAUUCUUUAUUUAUGUGUAAACUUUUUCGUAUUAUUCUUUUGGAGUAUAGAUCAAAUAUUAUUUGGAAUAACUCAACCUGGAGAUUGAGUUUCUAUUGUAUAAUGUAUGAAUAGCGAGAGAGAUUGGAACAACGGAUGUUUGGUAAAUCAUUUUUUCUGGUAAUAAAAAUUUCGAC